AGCCCUUGGGCUCCAUCGACAGAGCUUAGCAGCGGCCGAACGGGCAUCUCAUCCCGACCACCUGACCACCUGACCGCAACCGCAGUGAUGAAGGGCCUCAUUGCCGCAGCGGUUCCCUUCUUGGCCUCCGCCUACCAUUGCCCCGGCUCGGCGAGCACCAUCCACGCCAGCUGCAAGGUGACGGUGACGGCCAAUGCGCCCUGUGAGCAAGUGAAGACGGAGAUGAUGGCACGUGUGGAUGGACAGUCUUCAGGACUGUGGCAUGACCCCCACAACAACGGCACCUACAGCCCGACUAAUGCUUCAUCCGGUCUGGGAUUCCAGCGGCUCACGGGAAACAAGAAGUACACGGACCAGAUGCUCUUCGACUUCGUGGACAGCGGCAACAGCUGCGAGAUCUCGGGAUGCAGCGAGAGCCAGGUCUUCUCCAUUGCAGACUUCUCGACAAACUACUGCAACCUCCGCAUGCUCUAUUGUGGCUCGGCUGAUGGAUGCAAACCGGUGAAGUUCGAUUUCACCUCCCAAGAGACGCAGGUGGACCCGUCUCCUGGUGCUGGACAUGACCAAAGCGCUUGCCUGAAGACCAGUGAGGCCCAGGGCUUCUUGGCCACGACCUCCAGCUGUCCUCCCAAGGACUUCGAGACGGUGAAGGACUUUGACCUCGAUAGCUUCAUCUCCAAGCGUUGGUACAUCCAGCAGCAGAUGCCGGUGAAGUACUUGCCUGCAAGCCAGAACCGGUGUGUCUAUGCCGAGUACCAGCUGCAAAAGAAGUCUUUCUGGGGCUACGACGUGAGCGUCCACAACCAUGCGGAGGAGGUGGCGGCACCCCACACCGCGCACGACUCCGGCAAGACGCUGUGCGCCAAGGUGGUAGACAAGUCUCGAGGAAAGUUGGAGGUCGCUCCGUGCUUCUUGCCCACGGCCUUGGCGGGUCCCUACUGGGUCUUGGACUACAACGAGGCCGAGGGCUACGCCUUGAUCUCAGGUGGCGCCCCUAAGGAGGCAGCUGAGGGCGGCUGCCGCACCGGCACCGGUACCAACGGCUCGGGCUUGUGGAUCUUCACCCGGCAGCAGAAGCGCGACGAGGCCUUGGUGCAGAAGGUGCGAAGCAUCGCACAACAGAAGGGCUUCGACCUUUCCGUGUUGAACGACGUGGAUCAAAGCGCCUGCAACGCGGAGACCUCGAGGUCCGCCGCGAUCCUUUCCGUCUGAGCCCGCGGAGACGGUCUCCGCGGUGCGGGGGGUCUCCGCCGCAAGUGCUCGGAGGUCUCGGUGCGUGGGACGUGGACGGUGGACGGUGGGACGGUCGCACGUGCUGCGGUGAUGGAUGUCCUUUUUGUGAAGUGGCAUCUCGCAACAUUUGCAUCAAUAUGUUCCCGCAGACCAUGCGUCCCAUGCGUAGACCUCAACUGGAUCCUCCAUGAGACACCUCUUUGAACCAUGCUGCCUCUUUGAACAGAUUGCUUUGGCAGCGAAUGGAUUUUCGCUGCGUUGUCACUUGGGCAGUGCAGUCCUUUUGCAGAGAUCCGUGAUGGAAAAGAGCUUUGGAGUUUUGUUGGAGCAGCCUGGGGAGGCGGU